GCUCCCGCCGGGGCUCCGGGAGAGAGGGAGAGCCGAGCCGCCGCCACUGCGUCCUCCCGGCGGCGGAGACCGGGCGCCCGGCGUCUGCGGCUGUUGGAGGAGCUCGCGGGGGGCCCCUCCCCGGCUCCGGCUGACGUAGGGGCUGGCGCAGGUGGGCUGAGCUGGGCCCCGCAGAUCUCGGUCCCCGCCGCGCGGUCUCUCUCCCUGCCUGCGAGGGGGAGGCCCCCCCGGAAAAUCUGUAAAUACCCCAGCUCCGUCUGCAAACCGGGGCGCCAGCCCAGGCCCCAGCGCCUCCGCGGGGCGUUUCACCGGGAAACCCGAAGCCUGGCCGGAUCCGCGCGCGGACGGGAGGCAGCUGGGCGAUCAGCGUGAGACCCGGCGUCCGCCCCGCUUCCUGCCCUUCGGGAGCCGCUUUGCGCGCUCGAACCCGAGCCGCGGUGCCACCGUGCGGGUGUCGGGCGGCGCGCUCCGCAUCCUCGGCAGCCAUGGCUCCGUCGCCGCCCUGGCCAGUGAGUCGGAGCAUGCAUGUGUAGGGGGCACAUGCGUGUCGGGGCCCACGCGUGCGCGCGCGCACACACACGCGCACAGGCACGCACACCACCCCGAGCCCGGGAAGGAGCCAGGUUGACGAGACGCUGCAGCCGCGAGGACGCCUCCUGCUCUUCCUGGAUCCGCCGGAGCCCCCGGCCGCAGCUGCCGCCCGCAGAGCUCGCCCGGAGCCCGAUGCACACGCGCCGCCCGCUCCAGCCUCUGGGAUGAAGACGGCCCCCCGAGGACUGCAGGGGAGGCAGCGCCCGCCCGCACCCGGGACUGCGGGCCGCGUGGCGGGUAGGCCCAGGGGGACCGGGCUGGGACGCUGUCAUCCCCACGCCUCGCGCUGAGCCGCCCCUCUGGCUGCCCGGGAGCCCGAUCCCGGGGCAGCCCCGGAGGCUGGGGCUUCCUUGUUUGUUUGGGUCUUUUGUGCCGGGCUCCCGGUUGGCUCAGCACUCCUGCGCUGAAUCGGGCCAUUGUCUGCGCUCCCAUCGCUUCCACGCUGCAAGUCUCGGCGCCCCCACCCCGCCCGCCCCCUCCCCGCCUCCUCCCGGCCGGGGAGCCUCCUAACGUGCCUUUCCCCCUGGAAUCUGGAAGCUAUAAGCCGGGCGGAUUGCAAAUGAAGUGUAAUGCAUUGUGGGACGUGUGUAAAAUCGGAGCCUUCGCCGUGCGGGGGUGUGGGGGCGUGGGGAGGGCCGGACCCGCUGCUGGCGGUGUAGACACCGACGAGGAGGGGCUGGGAAAAUGCGCGCCGUGUGCGCCCGGGUCGUGCCCGCCGUAGACGGAUGAAGCCGCACGCUGCGCCCCGGCACUGAGGCCCCAGGAUCGGGGCAGCAGGUCGCCCUCCGCACCAUGAAGAAGACCCGCAGCACAACCUUGCGGCGAGCCUGGCCUAGCGCGGAUUUCUCCGACCGGGCCUCGGACCGAAUGAGGUCCCGCAGCGAGAAGGACUACCGCCUGCACAAGCGCUUCCCCGCGGCCUUCGCGCCCCAGGCUUCGCGGGGCUACAUGACAUCAGGUGAUGUGUCACCAAUCAGUAUGUCUCCCAUCAGUCAAUCUCAGUUCAUUCCACUCGGGGAAAUCCUUUGCUUGGCCAUCUCAGCAAUGAACUCGGCACGAAAACCCGUCACCCAAGAGGCCCUGAUGGAGCACCUGACCACGUGCUUCCCAGGUGUCCCCACCCCCAGCCAGGAGAUCCUGCGGCACACCCUCAACACGCUGGUGCGCGAGCGGAAGAUCUACCCCACCCCGGAGGGCUACUUCAUCGUGACCCCGCAGACGUACUUCAUCACCCCGUCCCUCAUAAGGACUAACAGCAAGUGGUACCACUUGGACGAGCGGAUACCCGACCGGUCUCAGUGCACCUCUCCCCAGCCCGGAACCAUCACGCCCUCUGCCUCAGGCUGCGUCAGGGAAAGGACCUUGCCCAGAAACCACUGCGACUCUUGCCACUGCUGCCGGGAGGACAUGCACAGCAUGCACGCGUCCACCCUGCAGCGGAAGCCUGCCAAGGACUGCAAAGACCCGUACUGCCCGCCCGCCCUCUGCCAGGUGCCACCCACCGAGAAGAGCAAAAGUACUGUCAACUUCUCCUACAAGACGGAAACCCUCUCCAAGCCUAAAGACGGGGAAAAGCAGUCCAAGAAGUUUGGGCUCAAGCUCUUCCGGCUGAGUUUUAAAAAAGACAAGACCAAGCAGCUGGCCAAUUUCUCCGCCCAGUUCCCUCCCGAGGAGUGGCCGCUGCGAGACGAGGACACGCCCACGACCAUCCCCCGGGAGGUGGAGAUGGAGAUCAUCCGCCGCAUCAACCCCGACCUGACGGUGGAGAACGUCAUGCGGCACACGGCGCUGAUGAAGAAGCUGGAGGAGGAGAAGGCGCAUCGGAGCAAAGCGGGCUCCUCCGCCCAUCACAGCGGGAGGAGUAAAAAGAGCCGGACCCAUCGGAAGUCGCACGGCAAGUCGCGCUCACACAGCAAGACGCGCGCGUCUAAAGGAGACCCGUCCGACGGCUCUCACCUGGACGUCCCCGGGGAGCGGGAGUACGACUUCUGCGACCCCCUGGCCAGGGUGCCCAGGGAGGGCUGCUUCAUCAUCGAGCACAAAGGCGAGAGCUUCAUCAUGCACAGCAACCCCAGCGUGCUGGAGCCCCACUUCCCCAUGACGCCGGAGUGGGACGUGUCGGGGGAGCUGGCCAAGAGGAGGACUGAGAUGCCCUUUCCCGAACCUUCCAGGGGCAGCUCCCACUCGAAAGUGCACCGAAGCCACAGCCAUACCCAGGACCGACGGUCCAGGAACGAGAGGUCCAGCAAAGCCAAGGAGAGGUCCAGGUCCAUGGACAAUUCCAAGGGUCCCCUGGGCGCGUCCUCUCUGGGGACGCCUGAUGACCUGGCCGAAGGCUGCAGCCAGGAGGACCCAACCCCCAUCCAGCCCUACAUUGACGACAGCACGCUAAGGCCCGCCCCGACGGCCGCUCAUCAAAGGGCUCACCUUCUGUCCCCGAGCUAUAAAGAGGUGUGUAUUCCGGAAAUAGUCGGCGGCAGCAAGGAGCCGUCCAGCGCGUGCAGCCUCCUGGAGCCAGGCAAACCCCCCGAGAGUUUGCCGUCCUUCGGCGACCUCAAUUCUUGUCCGACGAAAACAGCCACGGACGACUAUUUCCAGUGCAACACGUCCAGCGAGACGGUGCUCACGGCGCCAUCGCCUCUGGGAAAGAAUAAAGAGGACCAGGACCCUCUGGCCCUGGCCGAAGGGGUGAAGAAGCUGCCCCUGUCGGACAGGCAGACCCCGCUUUCCUCCAGGGAGCCGGGAGGACACAAGGAGGAGUCGCCCACGGGGCCAGGCGGGGGCCCGGCUGCUCCGGGCGCGGCGGCGGAAGGGAUGGCCAACGGACGCCUCAUCCAGCAUCACGGCGCCGAGCCCAGCAGCCUGGACAAGAGGAAAGAGAUAUUCAGCAAAGACACACUGUUCAAACCUCUGCACAGCACCUUGUCUGUAAACAGCUACCACAAACCCAGCCUGUCCCUCCUCAAAGCGCACCCGAAGGCACCUGCGGACACGCUGGCGGGCCGAUGCGAGAAGCUGGAGCCGUCCCUGGGCACCGCGGCCGCGCAGGUCCUGCCGGCCCUCCAGCGCCAGCAGGAGCCGGGGGGCAACCAGGAAGCCUCUUUCGACUAUUACAACGUGUCUGAUGACGACGACUCCGAGGAGGGGGCCCCCAAGACCACCGAGGAGGAGAAGAACCGAGACGAUGUGGGCACCAUGCAGUGGCUCCUUGAAAGGGAGAAGGAGCGAGACUUGCAGAGGAAAUUCGAGAAGAACCUCACCCUCCUCGCCCCCAAAGACACGGACAGCAGCGGCCACCAGAGGACCACCCACUCGGCACGCCUGGACAGCAUGGACAGCAGCAGCAUCACGGUGGACAGUGGAUUCAACUCCCCACGCACUCGGGAGAGCCUGGCCUCCAACACGUCGAGCAUUGUUGAAAGUAACCGUCGUCAGAACCCUACCUUGAGCCCGGCCCAUGGCGGCGCCGGCCCGGCCUUCAACUUCCGAGCAAGCACGGACCCCCCGACAAACGAAGCUGAGAAAUUACAGAAACCUUCCAACUGCUUGCAGGCUUCCGUGACGAGUGUGUGACCGUCGUCCGGCCUCCGAUCUCCGUCUCGUGCGACACAGCCAAGUUUACGACACUGGGACUGAUGUUUACAUCUUCGGAAAGACAAGCAUCUCAACCACAGUUUUGGUGUUUACUUAAACUGUGCUGCUAAGUAGGCUAGAGCAAAACACAAAAGUCUUUCUUUCAGAGUAUUGCUUUUUCCCAUGUAUGGCUCUGUAGCAACAGAAUAGCAGUAGGGGUGAUAUGUACACUUUUGCUUCACUAACUUGUAACUGAGCACACAUAGGAAAGUCUAGACACUGUAAGUGUAAUCUGCAUUUCCAAUGUCAUGCCGUUGCCAACGCCAUUUUCAAAUGCCACAGGUGCGUGUUGCUCCCAGUCUGUGGGCAGAUGGUGCCACAGAACUGCUUCUUGACACCUCCAAACAAACAAACAAAAACAACGAAGCCACCACAAAUGUCCAAUGCCAGGGCCCGCGGGGAGGGAGACCCAUGCCAAACAGCCGAGGAGGGGCCCAGCCCCCGGUGUGUGAAUCGCUUAGGCACCCGUCAUUUCCUCACUGUGAGUUUUCGUGGCGCGAGGUUGCAGGAGCCCGUGGAAGUGUGUCCGAAGGGGUCGGGAUGGAGAUCCUGGGAGUGCGUGUCGUCAGGAUUUUGUUUUUCAGUGUCACAGAUGCUUGUCUGAGUGUUCACCUUCCGCAAUCACCAACAGGAAUAUAGGCCUUUGGAUCUGAAGUGGGUAGAAAGGCAGGGGCCCCCAGCCUGGCUGGGCUCAGCACUCCUGCUGGAAGAGGUAACGCAGACUCUACUCGUAGAAGAGGUGUGAGUCGGGAUCUGUGAGGCUGGGAAAGGGAUGAUGAGCCUAUCUUACGAUAAUAGAUACGAUAAUUAGUUUGUUUAAAAGCAAAAUGUUCUUUGUGAUACAAAUGAAGAGUAUGGCCUGGGGAUGUUAUUCUUUCUAAUGGAAGGACAUAAAUCUAUUUUAUGUAGUUUUAAAUAGAAUGCCUAAAUUAGGCGGUGGGAGAUAAUUUUUAGUGGUUCUAGGAAAGAGCAGAGAGUUAGGGAGAGUUGAACUUCAGGCCUUUUAUUCCUGGGAAGAUAUCUAUAGAGAGAACUUUAAAAGUAGUUUUUGAUCAGAGGUAUACAUGUGCCCAUGUAAUGAACAACGGAAUGUGCUCAUUCUGCAAAUGUGGUAUAAUUCUAGCUUGUACUCCCCUUAAAAUUGACCAGAAUAACCAUUAUGCAUACAUGAACUAUGCCAGAGUGAUGUUUACAGAGACUGUGUAACCGAUUUCAGGAGGCACGUUCAGGUGGAUGUGCGGCGAUCAGCCCAACUUACUGUGAGAUGGUUUGUUCACAUUUGGCUUUGGUUUCCAAUGUCACGUUGAAUGCAAAGAAGCCGGGCGGCAGCAGAGGGAUGACCAAUAGUCAAGCUUCAGCCUUCCGGGAAAGAGAUUUUCCCAGGGCCCUGCGAUUUAUUUUAUGGGAACAAUGGAAUCAAGCUGUAGGUAAUGGGAAAGUAUUUGCAAAAGGGUUACAGAUGACGCAAGUAAAUGGUCUGACCAAAAAAAAAAAAAAAAAAAAGGUUUAUUUAGUUCCAUGGCAUGUGAUGUUUGGAGCCAUAAAAUACAUAUCCAAAAAUAAAUCCCAGAUCCAGCCAGCGGCCUGGCGUUGGUGAAGCGCCCCUGCCCCGGGUUAGGCUGCAUCGGUGGCCCGUUUAGGGAAUGCGGGCGCAUACGCGGCCGGACUGAUUCUUGCAACAUGUGGGCGCUCCCUUGCGCUGCUUCAGAUAUUUGGAGGUUGCGUGGGGAACCGGACGCAUCGGGGCAGAGUAGGUUCCUUGUCUGUGCUUAGGGUGAAACCUAAGCACAUGCCUCGGUCAGCUCCCACACCACGAAAAGGCUCCCGUCAGUCGGCGUGCCGUGUCAUGCCUCAUUUCCUCCGAGGCAUGCCCGAUGGCUCAGCAAGGCACGCUGUCUCCCCGCUUAACUGUGUCCAGAAGGAAGGAUAGUGUCUCUAAGAGACUCCAUUCCGAGUCCGUUUCCUUGGGGAGCUGUCUACCGUACAGUAACUGAAUUCUUCUGUCUAAAUUCAUCCUCCCCCACCCAAAAACCCUGCUCUCAGGCGUUUACCAUACACUCAGUUCAUAAAUAACAUAACCAUUGAGACAGCCCACCCGCCUCCGGCUGAUCCUCUGAAAGUCGCCAUCAUCUGAGUCAAAGGCUGGAUGACCCGGAAAAGAAAGCACGACCUUUAGAAGCUUUAGAAUAGGAAUUUAUCACUAUUUCGCAAGAAACCGGUUUACAGAAGUCAUUGUUCCAAUAAAAUGUGUACACUUUCUGCCUGAUGCUAUGGGGUAAUUAAAAAAACAAAAAACAACUCCCUUAGACCGGCAGCCAUGAACGUAGAAACGAGGGACUUUAAAGGUGAUAUGAUGUCCCAGGUAGAAGCAGCCCCGUCUGAUCUCUCCAGGCUUCCCGAAGCGGGGAGGGAGGGGCAGGAAGCACGUUGCAGAUGUGACCCAGGAUGGUCCACAGCGAGGCUCUCGGGGUCCAAGCUUCGAGGACACCCUUGUCCUCCGGGGAAAUGCUAGCUUUGUGUCCAUGGCUGCGUAUAGAGGCUUCACUUAAGAGCUUGUCAUCCGAAAGGUUUACGGAAUCGAAUCCGGUUGAAUCUCUGUGUAGCGUUCAACGUUAAAGGGUCAGCCCACCUGUUGGCAUUUUGCACACUUAUGUAUUAUUAUGAUGCAGCAUAUUACUUUAUGGUAAUUUUUAUUUUUGCAUAUAACUACCUCCAUAAAUUUGAUGAAGUGGCAGCCGUGCGUUGGUGUGUAUCGGUCAGAAAAGCGGGGUCCAGGCCACGGCGUGGUGGGUGUGUGUGCGUGUGCGUGUGCGUGCGUGUGUGUGUGUGUGUCGGCGAUCGCCUCCGUGGACUCAUGACUUUCUCAUCGCCAUGGUUUCCUUUCACGGCAUUAUUUCACUUUCAGAUGUAAGCCUGUCUCCUCCCCUCCCCACCACAGUGCACUUGGUUUUGUGAUGAAUGGGAGGAAGUUUAAAUUUCUUGUCUCCCCCCCCUCCUCCCCAUUCUUGCUAAAAGUUCCCCCUGGCAAAGAGCCAAUUGGUAAACAUAACGUAGCGAUUUACUCCUAUGAAAAUCUGAUGUGAAUUCUAGGUGUUCAGUAACCGAAGACACACAAGAAAUGCGGACUGCGACUAGGGAGCACUCUGGUCCUCUCUGCUUUCACCACAUGCUGGCGUGUCACGCCCAAACGUCCCUCCCAUGAGGAGAGCUGUGCCGUGUGCCCACAACUCCUGUUCCAUAGGUUGUAUUCCAUUUUAUAUAUUUGUACAUCUCAGGGGACCUAAUUAAGGGCGGGCGCCAAAUACGGAAAGCAGAUUGGAGAGCUGAAAGGCGACUAGCUGGGUAAAGAUGACAAA